CAGAUUACGUUCGGGUCUUAUUCAAAGUGUCCCAAACUUCGUCUUGGAAGACGCCCACCUUCUUAAGCGCAAGCUAUUAACAGCCCGACGACCGUUUGUUAUCUCUUCCAGAAUGGCAUCCGAUGGUGCCCUGGGUGUGGAUGUGCAUGGGCCGGACAAGAAGCGUCAAAAGCUGGCAAAAUUCACGGGGUUGGGCUUCGCCAGGGACAUGGCCGAAGUCAUCGUGGAAACGCUUGGGAUGGACCCCAUCGGGCAGGUUGUUCUUGAGCAGCUUCAAGGCCCUGCGGGUCCCUCGCCGACCGGCCACACCAGCUACAAUCAACAGGACUACCUCGACCUGAUGGACUUCCUGGGAGUGCCCAUGAAGGGCGACGGCGGCGACGAGUGGCUAGCCAACGUCAUGCGGAAGAACCAUGCGCUGGGUGAGCUUCCCUCACCGAGCCCGCCGUGGGCAACGGAAGCGCCCACAUGUCCAGAGACGACGUGGACGGCCCGUCCUCAGCAACCCCAUAGGCAACCCCAUAUACAACGUCGACCUAAGUACGGAAAGUCCCGGGGGCUGGAAGCUGAGAUUGGGGACCACACCGCCAUUCGCACUUUCGCCACAUGGCGUCUGAAGGCCACCAUCGUCGGGGCGAUGAACAUGAAGGAAAGACGCGCCAGAGCAGCCGGGAGCGAGCUGCGAGAUGGGAAGAAGGGAUCCUACACGGGCGCCAAGGCCAACAGCAGGGGUUUACCUUUCCUGAACCGUUGGGGGGGGGAGCUGAACGAGAGCGUCAAUUCAGAUGAUGACCGUGUCGGACUUGAACCAUGUAAAAUAUGAUUUGGAAUGUGUGCUGCGCGGCUUGUUUCGUUCCGUUUUUUCGUUUCAGUUUGCUGUUGGUGGUGUGUCCUAACUGUCAAAACUGUCUCCGCACAUGCAGCAGCGGCUGACUAUUUGCAACCACUAUCGAUCCAUCACCUGUUUCACAACCGUCGUUGGACGAACAGGAGGUAUCACACAUCGAUAUCGCGACCGCCAUGUCCUCUUGUAUUGUUGCAUAGCUAUUGUUAUUGUUGUUGUCGUUAUAGCGGCUUUGUUAUCAUUUCGCUUUUUAGGCAGCCUAGGUUGCGUGCGUCGCGGACGCGAGGGUGGGGAGAGUCGCUGGAAAAUUCUUUGAAGACUUGCGUUUAAACGACGUAUGUAUG